UUCCGUUCUUCUUGUCUAGAUCAAAAUUUCGCCAAUAGCCAUUUCUCAUUUCAAUUUUUCAGCUUGAGAUCUGGGACACAGCAGGUCAGGAACGCUUCAGGACAAUCACCCAAAGUUAUUACAGACGCGCCACCGGUUUAAUCCUACUCUACGACAUUACUAAAUACGAAUCCCUAACAGGACUAACACACUGGAUAGACGACGUAAAGAGUUAUGCUUUAGCAGAUGUACUCAUGAUACUCGUGGGAGCAAAACAGGACUUAGCCGCAGAGAAACGUGAGGUGACAGAGGAACAAGCGAGGAAAUUUGCUUCCAAUUAUCCUGAGAUUGUUGAUGUUGUGGAAACCUCUGCUAAGGUAUGUCAUAUUUUCGCGUCUUUUUUGACCGUUUGCGUGCAUCGCUAUUAGGGACCUUUAGCAAAUAGGUGACGGCAACGCGACGCGACGACGACGGCCAAAAUAAACUCGUUCGAAUGAGCAACUUUAAGAUCAACAUGUCUUGUAUUAUCCGUUGUGUGAAUUUAUUGCAAUUUAAGAAGGUCAAGACAGAGGUUUAUAGUUGAGAAGACUUCUCUACUAAGUCAAUUAGUCCAAUUUGGCGAGGACGACUUCUCGCGGCUUGAAAGGCAGACGUUGUGUACAAAACGUGAAAAUCUUUGGUUUGCUGUUGUAAACAGAGCAAGGACGACGUCUAGAACUCCCAUGGGACCUUUAAUUAUGCAUUUUCUUUCUACACUGUCAUUAAAAUUUCAUUAUAUUAAUAGCCGUCGCCGUCCUGCUAGCUAAAGGUCCCUAUUUUCAACCCCUUAAGAGACGGACUUUGAACCAAAUCUAAGGUAUCUGUUUCAUGCACAAUGCCACAAUAUCCCAAGAAAGUAUAAUGUCAUAGUGAUGAUAAUUUGAUAAUCAAAAAUUGUUAAAAUCUCAAGAACGACGAGAGUUUGGUAAAGUAUCUAAUUUGGUCAAUUUACAGUGUACAUCAUACAAAAUGGUGUGAAAUUUCGGUACAUAAGCACUGUAAAUUUCUAUAGUGACCUACGUCAGUCUGUGACGUAGUCUAGUGAUGCUGGGCUUAGCAAAAACAAGCGAUAUUAUAGUGGCAAUGACAGAAAGUUGACAGAUGUUGCCAAAGCGAAAGACGAUUUUAUUUCUUAAGUUGUGUUAAGUAUUUAAGUUGUGUUAGGUACGGAUGCUGCGCCUUGUUAAUCCCAAUCUAUUCUAGAAAUAAAUUGUUUCCGUUAACAAAUCACGUAUUUAUACUAUUCUUGGAUGUUUUCGAGGAUGUUUUCGUGGUACAGGGACGUCUGCGUGGGCACAUUAUUAGAAGAGGUUCAGAUUUCGGCUUCCGCUAUCCUCUCUAUUGAGUUCAAGAACUGCUGACGAUGAUAUAUGAUGGUAAAGACGUCGCAUACUAUUUUUGCCGAUAUUGGUACAUCCUUGAGUAUAUGUUUGCAAAGCAAUCAAUGUAAAUAUUUUCGCUUUCGAUCCGGAAACCCGAAUUCUCAUGAGUUGCAGAUUUUGAUAAAUAAACACUUAAGAGGUGGCGGCUUGUUUUUUUCCACGAAAAACAAACCAAUUAUUUUAUUUUUGUUUAGAAUUCUGUGAACAUCGAAACAGUUUUUAUCACGUUAUCACGAGCGUUAAAGAACAAGUACGAAAAGAAAGCACAACCACGAUCGCCAACAUUUCCUAACACUAUAGACAAUCAACCAAAACCUUCACUGUUUGCGAGUCUGUGCAGUGUUAAUAGAUGUUGUAACUGAUUGGGACAAUAAACAUUGGGUUUCCAUACCCUAAUACCGUGAGGUCACUGAUAGAAAUGUCAUACUACUUUGUCUUAUUUAUAAUAAUAACUGGUCGUAAAUAAAUUGUGUGAAUAUAUGAAGAUUCCAAGAAAUAAAACAGGGUUAGAACUUUGAAGAAUUAAUUAAUGAACAUUACGAAUGUGACCAGCGGUAAAUGAAAUAGCUUGUAAAGUACUGUAAAUAGUUAAAGUAUUAAAUGGAUAUGAAGUUUUGAGUUAUGAAGAAAAUUGUGUAUUGUUUUCAAUAGUUCAACAAUUUAUUUGAAACACAUG